UUACUAUGGAUCCAGAGAAUGGCUGGGCCAGGACCCGGGGUGGCCACCCCAGAUACGCCUAGGGGUGUCAGUUCGGGUCGGGUUCGGUUACCCGAACCGGAACCCGAAAAAACCAAAAAUCGAAAAUCACUGAAACUGAACCCGAACCCGAAAAUUCCUUAUCGGGUUCGGGUAAAACAAAACCGAAACCCGAAAACCCGAACACCUAAGAAUACGGACUAAGUUCUAUUUAUUGGAGGUUUUUAGCCGGAACCCAAAAAAUCGAUAAGCAAAACCGAACCCAAAACCGAAAACACGAAACGAACCCGAUCCCAAAAAACCGAUAAUGUGUAUAAUCGGGUCGGUUUCGGGUAAACCCGAAAAACCGAACCCGAAUGGACACCCUUAGAUAUGCCACUGCCUAUAUAUAUAUAUAGUCACCCUCUCAUCUCACCUCACCUCACCUCAGCUCACAAGGAAGCAGCUUCUCGUCCCCGAAGAGGUGCUUCUUCCCCAUUUCAGUACUCUAAACAAGUACUUGUCCAUCCAUGUAAGUACAACAAAACCCUUAAUUAAUUACACAACUUCCUCUAUUUCUUAAUUACAUGCAGUUUCCCAUUAAUAUGUAUCUUCUUUAAUUUGGUGAAGUCCUUAACUAAUUAAUUAAUUAAUUAAUUAAGCUGGCUUUGUUCCCUCCUAAAACAGCAUGGCCGCCGCCGCCGCAGCGUCACUACUCCUAGCAGUAGUGCUGCUCUCUUUGGCGACGGCUAAAGCGUGGGAAGCGCUCCCUCUCCAAAAGCGCGCCUUCUACUCCCCGUCCUUCUCCAUGGCCCCCGGAUCCGUCGCCUUCGACUACUUCUACGACGUGGAGUUCCCCAGGGGCCACCUCGCCCUCAAGAGCUUCCGCGCCGACGUCGUCGACGCCGACGGCAACGUCAUCCCUUACCACGAGGUCUACCUCCACCACUCCUACAUCGUCCGCUACUACCAGGCCCGCAACUACUCCAUCCCGCCGGUCCUCGACAUCGAGACCUUACCCUACGGCGACGGCUUCAUCUACCGCCGUAACCACGGCAUCUGCCAGGGCGACCUCCUCGGCCAGUACUUCGGCCUCGGCACCGAGAUGCAGAGCACCCCCACCGCCGUCCCCGACCCCUACGGGAUCGAGAUCGGGAACCCCGCCCCCAUCCCCGACGGGUUCGACGAGAAGUGGCUCCUCGUCGUCCACGCCAUCGACACCCGCGGCGCCGUGGACAGGUUCGGAUGCGCUGAGUGUCGGAGGGAUUUGUACAACGUGACGGUGGACCAGUUCGGAGAGCCGUUGAAGGACGAUUAUUACGGAGGGUUGUCGUGCUGUUACGCUCACACGCAGUGUAAGGUUAGGGAGGACUACGAGGGGACCACCAGGAGCCUAAGGAUGAGGUACACGCUGACGUGGACCGAGUGGGUCCCGUCGAUCAUCCCCGUCAGGGUCUACAUCUUCGACGUCACCGAUGAUAUGAAGUUGGUGGUCAAUCCUUCUUCCGGUGCCGUCUCAGCGAAGCACGACUGCUUGAUUGAAUAUAUGGUGGAGAGCUGCCACGUGGAUGGGAAUGGAGAGAAAGGGUGUGCGGACUUCAAGAAAUCGAUUGUGGCGAUGCCCAAGGGUGGAAACGUGAUCUUUGGUCUCACUCACUUGCACUCCGGAGCAAUAAAUUCCACGUUGUAUGGGCAGGACGGGCGGGUAUUGUGCACAACGAAGCCGAUUUACGGAGAAGGGAUGGAGGAAGGGUACAUCGUGGGAAUGUCGACGUGCUACCCGGAGCCCGGCUCCGUUUGGAUCGACGACGGGGAAUUAAUGGUACACGAAUCCGUCUACACCGCGGAACGGCGUCGGACAGGCGUCAUGGCACUGUUCUACCUCCUCGUCGCCGACAGGGUGGCGGAUACCCCGGCGGCGCCGGCUGGUUUUAAUGACAACAACUUCAUGGGCAUUCGUUCUAUGAAAAGCUGGCGGAGAAGUUCGCCGGCGGUGGCGGGGGAGCGGUGAGGUCUGGAGAAGGUGGGGCGAGCGGAGCCUUUGUGGGAGUUGGACUGGUUCUGCUGGGAGCUGUCGCUACUGUUCUUCUUCUGAGGAUCAAGAGGAGCUAAGGUCAAGAUGAAGAUCAUUUCAUUCCAAUACCGAUGGUGAUGGAGAUAAGAUAUAAACGCCGGUUGUUAUUAUCAUAUAUAUGUACGGUGGUGCAAGUUAAACGGCGGCCGGUUUGGUUCGUCAAUUUGUUUCUUGCUUCAGUUGUUGUCUUUAUUUAUUAUGAAAUGCGUGGUUGGACCAUUUAGUGGUGGGUCUGGGUCUGUCGGUCUGAUUACUAGAUAUGGUAUGGGCUCAGGCUCAUCGGUCAUCACUCAUAUGAUGCAUAUGUUUUGAGAAAUGGAAUAGAAUAAAAAGAUGUGUGUCUUUGGUUGGUACGCUGCUGCUGUGUGAACCGCAAACUUUCCACAUUUAUUGUAUUCUUAUUGUAUGGUGGUGGGUCAUUGGGUUGUUUAUCAGUUUGUUAUAUGGUUUGGUUACUGUCCAUCUGCUUUCAUUGGACUAAAUUCCGUUAACAUCGUCAAUUUUUUUUUUAUGAUAUGGCUAACAUAAGUGUUAAAUCACUCGAAUUUAACCCAAGAAGAAAACAAGAUGGACCCAUAUAAACAAACAAACAAAAAACCCCUGUCAUUUUAGCUCUCGAAUAAAAUCCAUCAACCGACCCGACCUAGCAAACCAAAUCCCAUUUUAUUUAAGUUGAUUAGAAUUAAAAUACAAAAAUUCCAACACACAAGUUAAUACAAAAAAAUAUCAGGUCAUCAUAUUAUGUCAGUCCAAUCAACACUGUUGAUAGUGUGGUUAAGUAACAAGUUUCAUGUCUAGAAUGCGCUAACAAGACUGCGCUACACCUCGUCUCACCCCCGAAGCAUAUAGAUCCACCCGAUCGAUGAAGACUCGAACCGAACUCGCCCAUUCUUUUGGGCACAAGGUGAUUGUAUCAAACAUGCCCCUCUACUAUUUUUUAUAUCAAACAUGCCCCUGUAAUUUGGAAAAACUAUCAAACAUGCCCUUCAGUUAAAAUUUUCAUUGAAAAAAUCGUCAAUCAUGGUUGAACCGAGAUUUAGACGACCUGACAUCGAUAAAUGGGAGGUGAAAUGUCAGUUUUGACCCUUGCUUUAUUUCUCUAGGUCUCAUCAAAGUGAAAUUAUUAGAAUUAUUUGGCUGUACAAAAGAAAAAAAAAACUCUAAAGUGAAAUUAUUAGAGAGAUUUUAGAUAUUUGGGUCGCCCAAACCAAAGUUAGGUCUUGGUUAAUGAUUUUUGGAUGGAAAUUUUAACAAAAGGGCAUGUUUGAUAAGUUUUCCAAAGUACAAAGGCAUGUUUGAUGUAAAAAAUAAUAGAAGGGCAUGUUUGAUAAAACGUCAUAGUAGAGGGGCAUAUUAUACCUAUAACCCUUUUAGUUAUUAAGAAAGAACAAAAAAGAGAGACUAUAUUCAUCACAAAAAUUGAAGUUUUGGUUAUCCAAUAUAUUUUGUCUAAUCAUAAGUAUAAUUUCAUAUUUAAUAUUCAAAUUGGUAUUACUUGGUUUCAAAUUUCAUAUUAAUCUCCUUAUAUAAUAGAUAAAUUAAUUAAAAUAUAAAAUCAAACACAAAAAAAAAAAAAAAAAAGUUUCUCAUUGGCUAUGCAGAUAACCAACAACCAUAUCUUAUCUCCUCUUGAUCCUCAACAGAAGAGACAGUGGCAACAUGGCUCCCGAAGAAAGCAGUAUAGUAGCCCUCACAUUCUUGAGACCUCACUCCCCCACCGGUCAACAUCACACCGGCCAGUUUUUGCAAUCAAAAGCAAGCCAGAUAGAUACAAGAUUCAAGAGUGGGCCGACGAUUCACAACAAGCCAAGAACGACAGAUAAAAGUAGUUCAUUGAA